AAGUGGAGUCACAGCUGUGACUGAGCUCCUGUGUCGAAGGUCCAGUUCCAGGUUUUUCAGCGGCCUCUGUCUGUGCCCGGCAGCAGUGCAGCAUGAAAGCAGUGGGAAACAGAAACACUAUGGCUGCCACUCUGUCUCUUACUCAGCUCUCCAGUGGAAAUAACAUCUAUGACAAAUACUAUCGGCAGGUUGAUCCGACUGGCAGUGGGCGGGUGGGAGCAGCUGAUGCAGCCCUGUUCCUGAAGAGGUCGGGCUUGGCUGACCUGGUCCUGGGGAAGAUCUGGGAUUUGGCAGACUCUGAACGGAAGGGUUCCCUUAACAAACAGCAAUUCUUCAUAGCGUUGCGGUUGGUGGCCUGUGCUCAAAAUGGCCUGGAGGUGUCACUCAAGAGUCUUAAUGUGGCUGUUCCACCCCCCAAAUUUCAUGAAACAAGCAGCCCGCUGUUGGCAGGAGGAGUAGCCAUUGACACUCCUUGGGUUGUCAAGCCUGAGGAGAAGAUGAAGUUCGACUCCAUCUUUGACAGUCUGGGUCCAGUUGGAGGGAUGCUAUCAGGAGAUAAGGUCAAGCCCGUCCUGCUCAACUCCAAAUUGCCAGUGGACAUCCUGGGCAGGGUGUGGGAACUCAGUGACCUCGACAGAGAUGGCAUGUUAGACAAAGAUGAAUUUUCAGUGGCUAUGUAUCUGGUGUACAGAGCUCUGGAGGGUGAACCGGUUCCCAUGUCCCUGCCACCUCCUCUGGUUCCGCCCUCCAAGAGGAAAAAACCCUCUGUGCCUCCCGUGAUGCCCCUGUUACCCUCGCCCCCCUCUGUCAAAGAUAGUCGCUCCUCCCACUCUGGCUCUAAAACCAUGCCCCACCCCCCUAAACCCAUCCCAGCUCCUGUCCAAGCUCCUGUCCAAGCUCCUGUCCAAGCUCCUGUCCCAGCUCCUGUCCCAGCUCCUGUCCCAGCUCCUGUCCCAGCUCCAGCAGUUGUCCCUUGGGUGGUGUCGGCAGCGGACAAAGCCAAAUAUGAUGAGCUCUUCAACAAGACGGAUGGUGACAUGGACGGUUUGGUGUCUGGACCUGAAGUCAGAGAUAUAUUCCUCAAGACUGGGCUCCCUUCUGCCACACUUGCACGUAUUUGGGAGCUUUGUGACAUUGGAGACGUAGGAAAACUGACCAGAGAACAGUUUGCCCUGGCUCUUCAUCUAAUCAAUCUGAAGCGGACUAAAGGCCUGGACCCUCCACAGAGUCUCACCCCCGAGAUGAUUCCUCCCUCUGAUAGACAAAACAUCAAACAGAACAAUCUGGCUAACCUAGCAGCUGACUUCUCUGCCAUCAAGGAGCUGGACUCUCUCAGUAAUGAGAUUGUCGAACUACAAAGAGAGAAGAGCUCAGUAGAAGAGGAGAUCAAGGAGAAGGAGGAGGCUAUUCGACAACGCAGUGGCGAAGUGCAGGACCUUCAGGAUGAGGUGGCGAAGGAGAGCGAGGAGCUGCAGCGACUCCAGUUUCAGCGGCAAAAGGUCCAGGAGGCUUUGGACGAGCUGGACCAACAGAAGGGCUCCCUAGAAGAGCAGCUCACUCACAUUCGGCAGCAGACCAGCCAAGAGACCCAACUUAUCUCAUCUCUGCAGUCGGAACACGAUGAGCAGGAGCAGAAGAUAUGUCAGUAUGAGGAGGAGCUGGUCCAAGCACGAGAGGAGCUCCUUGCUCUGCAGGAGGAGAGCAGAAAACUGCAGGAGAAGGUCCAGGCUGCACAAGAGCAGCUCACUCCUCUUCAGGAGUCUGUGCGUGACUCGUUCACACAAGUUGCACAGGUUCAACAGAAACUAAAUGAAUUACAGGUGGAGGAGAGGUCAGUGACGGCCCAGCUCAGCUGGAAGAGAGCCCUCGAGGAUAGCUCACCAGUCAUGGUCAACGGAUCUGUGGGUUCAACAACAGAGCUCCACCAGGGGGACCCCUUUCACCAUGAUCUGUUCCAGGAGGACCAGCCUAAAGAGCUGAAGGAGACGGCACCUGUCUCCGUCCAACAAAAACAACACUCAGAUGAAACAAAGAAAGAUGCAGUGAAUGAGAAGGACGAGGAGCAAGAAAAGGAGGAAGUGAGUCUGGAGACUCCAGAGGAGGAAAAACUGAAGCCUGAUCCCUUGGAUGAUCUCUAUACCAGCCUAGCCUCAUCUGACAUGUACAAUUCUCUGUCGACCCAUGCCAAACUUCGCGAGAGCACAGUUAGGGAACACAGUAGCCCCGCACCUGAUGUGUCAUCUGAGUUCACAGAAGAUGCAGAUGAAUCGCCUAGGGAAAGCCCACUAAAGGUUUCGUCGCCAGAGCCUGACUACAAAGAAGAUUCCACAGAGUGUUUAGAAACAACUGCCUCCACGUUACCACCUCAAGUUGGGCCUCGCUCCAUGCCACCACAGACCAGCCCUCCCUCACUCCCUGAGAUGGACUUCUUUCAUUCAGACCCCUUCACUGACCAUGAUCCAUUCAAGGAUGAUCCUUUUGGUAAAAACGAUGUUGCAGAUCCUUUUGGAGGAGAUCCGUUCAAAGGCACAGACCCCUUCGCUGCAGACUCUUUCUUCACACAGACCUCCGCUGCCCCCUUUUCUUCAGAGGACCCUUUCUCUUCUUCAGCUGACCCAUUUGGCGCCACUGCUGGUGUGCCAGAACCAGACCUGUUUGCAGCCAAGCCGAACGACGCAUCGGCUGCAUCAGCUGCAGAUCCGGAUCCCUUCACCUCCCAGCCCGCCAAUCCAACUGUAGCGUCCAAGGAUCCAUUCAAAGCCACAGGGAAGGACGCGACUGAUUCAGACCCGUUCGGUGGCAAAAUGAACACCGCGGGGGAGGCCGACCCGUUUGGCUCUCAGGAUGGAGGGACGGACCCGUUCAGCUCCUCUCCACCAAGCUCUGACCUUGCCGUGAAGGACGUUGCAGCAACCAAUGACCCCUUUGCUCCAGGUGGUACUACAGUGAGCGCCACCUCAGAUCCAGAUCCAUUUGCUGCUGUGUUUGGUAACGAAUCCUUUGGCGGGGGCUUCGCAGAUUUCAGUUCCUUGACAAAGUCAAACGGUGCUGACCAGUUUGGCAUCAACAACAAGAACCUGUUUCAGGAAGACAACCAGUCUGCCGGCUCUGACGUGCCCCCUGCCCUGCCUCCGAAAACUGGUACGCCAACUAGGCCCCCCCCUCCACCUCCAGGUAAGAGAUUGUCCAUCUCUAGAACAGAGUCCUCUGACUCCUUCCAUCGACGAGGGCACUUCCUCCCACCGACCUCAGGGGACUUCUCCUCCUCUUCCUCCUCCUCCCUGCCUGCAAAGGAUCCUUUAGCCGACCCCUUCGCCCCCUCCUCCCCUCCUCGUCACAACGUACGGGAAGCUGACCGAUUUGCCAGCUUUGACAAAUAUCCAACCGAGGAAGACAUGAUAGAGUGGGCAAAACGCGAGAGCGAGCGAGAGGAAAAGGAGCGGCUCGCAAGACUCACUCAGCAGGAACAAGAAGACCUGGAGCUGGCCAUCGCUCUCAGCAAGUCUGAACUCUCCUGAGGAGGCCUGUUCCUCUCCCCUGGUCUGGCUUGGCACGGCACAGCCUGGCCCAGCCCAAAACAAAAAAAAAAAGCACCAAAGCAAAGUGGGGAUUGUAUAGGACUGAUUCAGCAGCACCUGCUGACCCCAUGAAGAGACCUAAAACUCAUCUCUGAAUCCUUCAGCGCCCUCCUCCCCCGACCGUUCACUGGCACCGUCUCAUCUUUCCAUCCUGUUGGUCUCUGUGGUCGUGAUUGAACAAGACGGCCGAGAUUGUUAGAAUGAAUGGCAGUGAAUAUCUCUUGUUGUUGAUCUUUGGAUGUCAAGACCAGACUUCAAAUGCCACGUUAACUCUCCAGAAUGUAAUUUAUUCAAAUGUGCACUCAGAACUAGAUUGAAAAGACCUUUGUCAAAAGUUUGCUUUUUAAUCCUUUAACCAAACAUUUUAUUAAAAUCUUUCAAGAGACAUGCAAAUUUUGUAGAACCCACAAAUCCCCCAACUUUCCUCUUGAUUUUUGUGGAUAUUUUUGGAACAGCCGCAGUAAGCUUUUAAAAUGGAUCUGUACCAGUAUUGUAGGAUGUCGGAGGGCGAAUGAGAUUCAACGUUUUCUACGUGUGUAACUGGAAUCCUCCCAGAGCUCUGAGAUGUGGAACGCUGGGAUGUGUAGAUUGUCUGCCACUGGUACCACGCGCCGCUUCUAGAGACUCUGUAAUGUCAGCGCUACCUUGCUUAGCCUAGCAUCCGUUCUGUCAGUGAGUAGACAAGGGAUGAAACUACAGCCCAUAAAUGAGAUGAGUACACGUUGAUUAGCAUUAAAAUAUAUCUCACUACAGAUGAUUAGAGUUUUAAAAUACAAUGUCCAAGAUUUGAUUCACCCAAGAACUUGCUUAUUACCCUUUAAGUCUAAACUAGUGUAUUUGGCACCUGGUGUGGCUUGACUUGAAUGAACUGUUUUGCUGAGCUGCAAAGGUUGUUAUAGAUGAAUGUACAUGAGUGUAACCCACCCUAAGCUGAGCUGUCUGCCGAUACUUUAAAUGAGUUUUAUUGCUGAUAAUGAUUGUUCUUCCGUGGGGGCACAAAGUAGCCUCUCCUAGAGUAGUGUCAUGCCCUGGUUGGAUAACUACUAUUCUUUUAUGAGUGGAAGUCCAUUAAAAAUGAGCAACCUCAUUAAUUCACAAAUAACUGUGCAAUUGUCAUUUCACAACAUCUCAAUGUAUGCCGCGCAUGUUGCUGCUUUUGUUAGCAUUUGUACGAAUUCAUUUAUUUCUCCAGGAUGUUUCUCAGGAGACAUUUCGUCCUUUCUGAGGGACUCGCUGGACGUCAGAGUCUUACACAUUUACAGGACACGUCGUUUAGCGUUUCUGCAUUUUACCCGCAGUGGAUUUUCUGUCUGGCUCUGUGGGGAUAAACACUCAUGCUGCACUGCAUCCUCAUGCUCCUCACCCAGAAAAUGAACUUAACACCGAGCUGUGAUGGGUUUCAGAUGAGGGAAGAGUUCACGUGAAGUGCUGGAAGCCUCCGUUUUCAUUUUCUUUUCACAUUUCUGACCAAACAAUGACCCAGAACAUCUUAUGUUUGAACCUUGUUUAGAGUGAGUGUCACCAGGUAGUUUCCUCUACUCAUAUUUAACCAGUUCGCUGUCUGUGGUUGAUGCAUCACUUCCUGGUGAGGCCUUCUGUUGAAGUUCAUGUUUAUUGUAAAUACCAGAGAGCAGGAGUUGCAUGUCUAUUCUCUGAGUCUCUUGUUGUACUACAGCUCAUAGAGUGAAACCCCACCAUACGUGUUAUUGUCAUUUCUAAAAACAAAUUUUACAAAUCCAGAACCACUUAUGUUUCUAGACGUACCCAUGAAGCCUUUUUAAAAUUCAAACUAAUUUUAUUUUAUUUUGUAUUUUCUAACUUGUAAGAAAAAAAAAAUCAUGACUGGCAGGUUUGGCCAGAAUAUGUAAUGCAUUUAACUGAAAAAGAAUAAAUAUUAAAACAUGUA